UCGCGCUGCCCGUGUCGCGAGUGAUACACCACAAGACCGUCAGCGUCGACUCCAUGCCAUCAAUACGGCACCACAAGGCCCACCACCUUGGCUUUCCAAAUAUGCACCUGAUCCGUCCCUACCAAGUGAUCAGCAAUUACUCCCAACAGUGGCGAAAAAGCUUGCUCGGGAACGGGCAUCGAUGGACGGUGGUCAGGAGUUGUUGGAUGCUUUUGGCGUACCUGUUGUCAAGCCUCUAGGUGCACCUUCGAGAAUAGAGCAAGCGAAUCC